CCGAAUCCAGCGAGAAUUCCCGUUGCCGCUGACAGCGUCGUGCGUGCUCUCCUACUCCUCCCCCACUUUCUCCCCACCACGGCCUCCCCCCUACAGAGCUCUACUCCUCUUGUCCCCUUCCUCCCCCUCCCCGGCCCGGGAACCCAUUCCAUUCGCCCUCGCCAACCCCUCUCCCCGCACGCACGUGCGCCCCUCUAACUCGCCCGCCGCCCCGGUCAACCCCGCCAGCCGGCAGCCGCGACGCGACGCAUGCGGAUGCGGAUCGAAUGCCGCCUGCCAUUGUGGCGGGAGGCGCUCCUUCCUUAAACUAUUCCCCUCCGUGCGACAGUUGUCCCCUUCCGCGGUUUAAAGAUUCCACGGACCCCCAAUGGCCGUGCGUUACCCGGCCUCCCCCGACCCCUUGCCGGAUUCGAGGGGCCGCGGCCCGGCGUCGGCUUGCGGAGCUGGUUUUCCUGGCCGGUAGGACUGCUGGUGGUGCGAUUGGUGAGCGCUGUUGGUGGUGGCGGCUUCCUGCCGGCGGGUUUUGGGAUUCCGGGAGACGAAGAAGGUUUGGACUCGUUCUUGCAGGAUAAGACUUUAAAUAUUACUAAGGAAACCUUCUACCGGGUUCAGCGUAUAAUGGCAUCCACCGGUGGGGAAAAAAUGAAGGGUUGUGGCCCAAAACUUUUCAAGGCAAAGGGGAAGAAAACUGCUAAGAGCACAGACAAUCCGAGCUGCCAUGCUGCAACAGCUGAGCCUGGACCAAGUUCUUCUAAGGCAGCAUUAUCUUCCCCCUUGAGAACACUUUCAGAAGUUAGGAGCAUGCAUCUUAGCCAUUUCCUUGCCCAAUCUUCUAAUAACACUACAACUGAACCCAUCAGAAUAUUUGUUUCCACCUGGAAUGUUGGAGGAAAAACCCCUACUGCUGCAUUGAACCUUGACGAUUUUCUUCCACCUGAUGACAAGUCAGAUAUUUAUGUUCUGGGUUUUCAGGAAAUUGUGCCUCUCAAUGCUGGUAACGUGCUUGUCAUAGAAGACAAUGAACCAGCUGCUAGAUGGCUUGUUCUUAUAAACCAAGCACUAAACCGACCAGCUGACAUUGAUGCCAACGUCUUUCAGCAUGAGCCAUCUCCCUCUGUUGAUUCUUCUUCCUCUCGAGCUUCAUCAAGCCUUGAUACUUCAUUAUCUGACCUAUCAAAAACAGCAAGUGGUACCACAAUCUUCCAAAAGUCCUUGCUAAAAGCCAUUAGCAAAUCUUUCAUGCCAGUCCGCAGAAAACAACUUAAGGCCUGCAAUUGCUCAGUUGAAAUGACCAAAACAUCCUACAGGGAUGCUUGCUUUCGGUGUCCAAAAGCCUAUGCAGAUGAGACAGAUUCCUCUGAAGAGGAUGAAGAAGAGGAAGUGAAAGACAAAGAAAAAUCAAGGGACUCUUAUGGCUCUGCUCCUGCUGCAAGGGAUCAACUAAAAUAUAAUCUCAUAGCAUGCAAACAAAUGGUUGGCAUUUUUGUUACUGUGUGGGUGAAAAAAGAACUAGUACAGCAUAUUGGCCAUCUAAGAAAAUCUUGCAUAGGGCGCGGAAUUCUGGGCUGUCUUGGAAACAAGGGAUGUAUAUCAGUAAGCAUGACACUGCACCAGACGAGCUUUUGUUUCGUCUGCAGCCAUUUGGCUUCAGGCCAGAAAGAAGGUGAUGAAUUCAGGAGAAACUCGGAUGUUCUGGAGAUACUGAGGCUCACAAUGUUUUCUAGGAUUUGUCGGAGAUCUGGAAGAAAAAUCCCAGAGAAAAUUCUUGAACAUGACAAGGUGAUAUGGCUCGGGGAUCUGAACUACCGCAUUGCACUGAGCUAUGCAGACACCAAGAAACUUUUAAUGGAAAAUAAUUGGGAUGCCCUUUUUGAAAAGGAUCAGCUUAAAAUCGAACGAGAUGCUGGGCGAGUUUUUAAGGGUUGGAAUGAGGGGAAGAUAUAUUUUGCUCCAACGUACAAGUACUCAUUUAACUCAGAUGCUUAUGCUGGUGAGACUGCGACAUCAAAGAAAAAGAGGAGAACACCAGCAUGGUGUGAUAGAAUAUUGUGGCGUGGGGAUGGUAUCAUGCAAUUAUCCUACUAUCGUGGGGAGUCUAGAUUUUCUGACCAUCGUCCAGUUUGUGGAACCUUCGUUGUUGAGGUCGACGUACUUAACAAAAGGACAAAGAGGCGCUCAUCAAAUGCUGACAUGAGAAUUGGUGCUGAAGAGCUCUUACCAAUGGGCAAGGGUAAAGGCACUGCACGAAAUGUGAGCUCGAAAUGUGAGCUUUCCUAGAGUAUGAUGAGAAUAUAUAUAACUUACCCUGGUACCAGAAAAAGGCGAAGCACUCAAGAAGGACGCCUGUUUGUAUGAGGGGUAAACCCAACCAAUGGCCCCCUCACCCGAACAGGCUUUGUGUGCUUGGCGACUUAGCAAAAAUGUUUUCAGUUAAGAACUACAUUGCUUAACCAGUAUAGCAAAGUUAGGUUGUAUUUCCCAUGAAAAUGGUUAGUCAUAUAUAUUCGAUAUCAUGUUUACCACCCGAUGUUCAUUGUGAGGUA